AUACAUAUAUUUUCAUCAUGACAAAAAACCGCUGUUAUGCAGUCCCACAGGUAUCCCAGCCAACCCAAGAGAUUUGAGAGCAGCACAGGCUACCCAAAAAUUCAGUCGAGCACCCGUCGUAGCCUUUGUGUAAAACACUCCCCUCAUUCCUUUCCGUUUGGAGAAUUCGAAAGAAUUUAUGCAUAUUAGGAAUAGCAUUAGAAUACUCUACAGUGUAGUUAUCUAAACAAAAUGUCUGCUAUCGCUCUGAAGUCUCUCUCUGUGGCUGUCAGCCUAUUUGAAGACUAUCUUCGCCAGAAAUUGUACGCAGAUUUGAAGCGAAGCGAUGUUACCGGGCAAAGAUUUCGCGAAUUUAUCAUUCGUACUUUGGACAGCAUUCAAGAAAAGCUGGACGGGCUAGCGCGAACUGACUUGUUAACAGGUCUGAAUUUCUUCAAGGAUGGUGUUACUCUGUUGUACGGAUAUCUAGAAAGCGAAAAGGAAACCUCAGAAGAUGAAAAGGAAGGGACAGAUAAAAAAGAUAGGCGCUCUUCCAUCUUUCAGUCGUUAGCUGUGUUUGGUUUAUGGUCGAGUUCUCACGAUGCGAAAGACGAGGGAUCAGACGAAAUGUCUGUUCUAGACGAUUCCUUCCUUGAAGAAGCAAAGGCGAAGUUUCAGAGAUCUGCCGAAUAUGCGACAAAGGCAUUGAGCAACGAGAGUUUGAAAUAUCAGGACAGGAUCUUAGCUGCGAGACUGCGAAUAAUUUCAACCCUCCUGGAGCAUAUUGAUAACACAGCACCCGGCGUAAUGCUAUGCGGAAGCUAUAUUGAACAGCUCAAUGCAAUGGAGGAUGUCUCUAGCUCUUUUGCCAUUCAAUUUGGAACUGGUGCAAAGGCAGAAUUAAAGAGACUGUUUACAUCUGUUGAAAGAAAGGAGUUUGUGUGGUCUGUUAUAGCAAUCAAUAGAAUCCUUUGGCACUUUGCUAGGUUAUUCGGUGCUGAUGAUGCUUAUUUUACUAACUGGCCCAGGAUUGUCUACAAAAAUGACAUAGAGGUUCAUCCAGUCUUAGACUCUCGUGUUCGGGAACUCUUUCAAGUUAGUUUCAAAGAGGACAGUGAUGCAGAUCAUCUUAACUGUCCCCAGGGGCUAAGUAUCUCAGACGAGUGUAAUUUCCUGAUAGCUGACACUUGUAAUAAUGCUAUAAAGGUUUAUUCCCCCCUAGGGGUCUAUAUGUACAGUUUUAAGACACCAUCUGGGGGGGAGCAGAGUGCAGAAUUUUGGCCAAGAUGUGUAACUUAUGAUGCUGAUGGCAGAACCUAUGCAGGGUCAAGCAAGGGAAGAAGAGAAGACAGUGACAUGCCUGCAGCGGUAUUUGUCUUUGAUAAACAUGGCAAAUUCAUAUCUUCAUUUGGCUCAGAUGUUUUGACCUCUAGUUCAGUCUUGACGAGUAUUACCAUAGAUUCGAAGAACCAACUCCUUAUUUCUGAUGACGGUGCCAAUUGUAUCCAUGUAUUCACUCUUGAUGGUCAAUAUGUUUCCAAUGAGUGUAGCUGGGAAUCACACGAGGGCUACACUCACAUUGCAGUGACUGCUAGAGAGAAUGUGUUGGCCACACAUUGGGACCAUGUGAGAAUCUACAAGGAUGGGCAAUAUGUAACUAAGUUUGUAGUAAAAGGCUAUGGCUUACCAAUUGAGGGAAUAGCAUAUGAUAGCAAGCGAGAGUGGGUAUACAUUUAUAGCAAGGCUUAUAAACAUUUAGAGAAGUAUAAAUACCCAAAUGUACAGAUAUACGACUCAGAAUGGAACUUAGAGGGUAUAAUGGAGCUACCAAAAUCAUACCGCACAACUAAGGCUAUGGCUAUGGAUCCUAAUGGAUUUGUUGCUGUUGUGAAUGUAGAUGAAAAUGAGAUUGCUCUCUUAUAAAUGAAAAUAAAUAAGUUGACCUAUUUGUAUUCUACUACUCUUUGAAAAAAGUUGUUUGUCUACCCUUAGCACCUGGAUUAGAUGUCACUUAGAUAAGGACUGGUAGCUUUAAUAAAGAUAGUAAAUAAAGAAUUUUAUUGGAAACAUAUUUGGUGACUCUCUACCAGUGACUGCUCAAGGAGUUUCUGUCCGCUGCUAUUUUGUCAGUUUAGUAAAAUACCAUGUGGGAGAAGAAGCCAAUUUCCAUGGGCUGAUUUAAGAAACUAUAGUGAUACUUUUGAUUGGAGUUUGUAAAUAAAAUUUUGUUUUUUAGAUCGUUA